AUGUUGCACGAGAGUGGAUGCCUGGCCGUGUUGCACGAGAGUGGAUGCCUCACCAUGUUGCACCAGAGUGGAUGCCUGGCCAUGUGGCACGAGAGUGGAUGCCUGGCAAUGUUGCACAAGAGUGGAUGCCUGGACAUGUUGCACGAGACUGACAACCCAUCAUAUAACACUGCUGACAACCCAUCAUAUAACACUGCUGACAACCCAUCAUAUAACACUGCUGACAACCCAUCAUAUAACACUGCUGACAACCCAUCAUAUAACACUGCUGACAACCCGUCAUAUAACACUGCUGACAACCCAUCAUAUAACACAGCUGACAACCCAUCAUAUAACACUGCUGACAACCCAUCAUAUAACACUGCUGACAACCCAUCACAUAACACUGCUGACAACCCAUCAUAUAACACUGCUGACAACCCAUCAUAUAACACUGCUGACAACCCAUCAUAUAACACAGCUGACAACCCAUCAUAUAACACUGCUGACAACCCAUCACAUAACACUGCUGACAACCCAUCAUAUAACACAGCUGACAACCCAUCAUAUAACACUGCUGACAACCCAUCAUAUAACACAGCUGACAACCCAUCAUAUAACACAGCUGACAACCCAUCAUAUAACACUGCUGACAACCCAUCAUAUAACACAGCUGACAACCCAUCAUAUAACACUGCUGACAACCCAUCAUAUAACACAGCUGACAACCCAUCAUAUAACACUGCUGACAACCCAUCACAUAACACUGCUGACAACCCAUCAUAUAACACAGCUGACAACCCAUCAUAUAACACUGCUGACAACCCAUCAUAUAACACAGCUGACAACCCAUCAUAUAACACAGCUGACAACCCAUCAUAUAACACAGCUGAUAACCCACCACAUAACACAGCUGACAACCCAUCAUAUAACACUGCUGAUAACCCAUCAUAUAACACUGCUGAUAACCCAUCAUAUAACACUGCUGAUAACCCAUCAUAUAACACAGCUGAUAACCCACUACUUAACACAGCUGACAACCCAUCAUAUAACACAGCUGAUAACCCACUACAUAACACAGCUGACAACCCAUCAUAUAACACAGCUGAUAACCCACCACAUAACACAGCUGACAACCCAUCAUAUAACACUGCUGAUAACCCAUCAUAUAACACUGCUGACAACCCAUCAUAUAACACAGCUGACAACCCAUCAUAUAACACUGCUGAUAACCCACCACAUAACACAGCUGAUAACCCAUCAUAUAACACUGCUGACAACCCAUCAUAUAACACUGCUGACACCCCAUCAUAUAACACUGCUGAUAACCCAUCAUAUAACACUGCUGACAACCCAUCAUAUAACACUGCUGAUAACCCACUACAUAACACUGCUGACAACCCACUACAUAACACUGCUGACAACCCAUCAUAUAACACUGCUGACAACCCAUUAUAUAACACUGCUGAUAACCCACCAUAUAACACAGCUGACAACCCAUCAUAUAACACAGCUGACAACCCAUCACAUAACACAGCUGACAACCCAUCAUAUAACACUGCUGAUAACCCAUCAUAUAACACUGCUGAUAACCCAUCAUAUAACACUGCUGAUAACCCAUCAUAUAACACAGCUGAUAACCCACUACAUAACACAGCUGACAACCCAUCAUAUAACACAGCUGAUAACCCACUACAUAACACAGCUGACAACCCAUCAUAUAACACAGCUGAUAACCCACCACAUAACACAGCUGACAACCCAUCAUAUAACACUGCUGAUAACCCAUCAUAUAACACUGCUGACAACCCAUCAUAUAACACAGCUGACAACCCAUCAUAUAACAUUGCUGAUAACCCACUACAUAACACAGCUGAUAACCCAUCAUAUAACACUGCUGACAACCCAUCAUAUAACACUGCUGAUAACCCACUACAUAACACUGCUGACAACCCACUACAUAACACUGCUGACAACCCAUCAUAUAACACUGCUGACAACCCAUCAUAUAACACUGCUGAUAACCCAUCAUAUAACACAGCUGACAACCCAUCAUAUAACACAGCUGACAACCCAUCACAUAACACUGCUGAUAACCCACUACAUAACACUGCUGGCAACCCAUCAUAUAACACUGCUGACACCCCAUCACAUAACACUGCUGAUAACCCACUACAUAACACUGCUGACAACCCAUCAUAUAACACUGCUGAUAACCCACUACAUAACACUGCUGACAACCCAUCAUAUAACACUGCUGACAACCCUUCAUAUAACACUGCUGACAACCCAUCAUAUAACACAGCUGACAACCCAUCAUAUAACACUGCUGACAACCCAUCAUAUAACACUGCUGACAACCCAUCAUAUAACACUGCUGAUAACCCACUACAUAACACUGCUGACAACCCACUACAUAACACUGCUGACAACCCAUCAUAUAACACUGCUGACAACCCAUCAUAUAACACUGCUGAUAACCCACCACAUAACACUGCUGACAACCCAUCACAUAACACUGCUGAUAACCCAUCAUAUAACACUGCUGAUAACCCAUCAUAUAACACUGCUGAUAACCCAUCACAUAACACUGCUGAUAACCCAUCAUAUAACACUGCUGAUAACCCAUCAUAUAACACUGCUGACAACCCAUCAUAUAACACUGCUGAUAACCCAUCAUAUAACACUGCUGAUAACCCACCACAUAACACUGCUGACAACCCAUCACAUAACACUGCUGACAACCCAUCAUAUAACACUGCUGAUAACCCACCACAUAACACUGCUGACAACCCAUCACAUAACACUGCUGACAACCCAUCACAUAACACUGCUGAUAACCCAUCAUAUAACACUGCUGAUAACCCAUCAUAUAACACUGCUGAUAACCCAUCAUAUAACACUGCUGACAACCCAUCAUAUAACACAGCUGACAACCCAUCAUAUAACACUGCUGACAACCCAUCACAUAACACUGCUGAUAACCCACCACAUAACACUGCUGACAACCCAUAA